UGUUUUUUCAUUGAAUUUCAUUGUGAUGCUAAUAGAUAGAAAUUGUAGACAAUAUUGAAACUACAUUGUCUUGUGGUCACCGGAAAGGCCAUUAGUGUCAUUGGGUGCCAAAUGGAAUGAAAUAGUAUCGAUGGCGGAACAGUCGCUUUAACUCUUGCUUUUGGAAUUAUGGACAAGUUUAGUUAUUCAGCUUUACAUUUACACAAAAUCCUUGCUGAAGGAUGUUUCGGAAGUUCCAUAGGGUUAUACCAAUAUCACAAUCAGUACAUCGUCAUCAAAAGCAUUCCUUACAACAGUCCUGACUAUGCCUACAAGGCUGUUCUGAAAGAGCACAUGAUCCUUUCCCAAAUCAGUCAUCCACGAAUCAUACAAUAUCUGGGAUACUUUCAAACAUCCGACAGUUGGAAUAUUAUGCUGGAGUUUGCAGAGCAUGGCAGCUUGGCUGCUUUUCUCGAGCGACGGUCCGACCAAAGGGCUUUCCUGAAUCAACACACCGUAAUGAUGAAAUUUGUUGACAUAGCAGACGGCCUUAUUUAUCUACAUCAGAAAAAUGUUAUUCACCGUGACCUGAAACCUGCCAACAUACUCAUUUCUUUGGACAACAGACUGAAAUUGGCUGACUUUGGCGUAUCCAAAAUUAUGCACGACAACGACUUCAACCGGACUAUCAUUGGAACACCUAUUUACAUGGCACCCGAAGUAGCUCGUGGGAAAGAUUACGAUUACAAGAGCGAUGUAUGGGCAUUGGGCAUCAUUUUCUACGAACUGUGCAUGCUGGAACACCCCUUCGUGAAUUGUCUCGGAAAGAGCCGGAAGCAGAAAUUUCGCAUACCACAAAUUGAUUACAAAGGACGUGGAUAUUCUCCCUCCGUGCAGAUGCUAUGUGAUAUGAUGAUACAGAAGGAUCUGUCGAAGCGCUGGACGCUGGAGAACAUUUUGAAGGAAUUUCAUGUGCUACAAUUAAUCAAUCGUACCGCGACUUAAUGCAACUUUGUCCAAUGCAUAUAUUUCACACACUUCUCGACCAUACCAUUUGACCAACUCAUCGUAAUAUGUAUCUGUUCCUAUCAAAGUUUUUAGUCGGCUUCUGAACCAUUAUUACCUAAAGUAAAUAGAAAGCAGAAUAAAAUAUGUGCCCAUUAAU